GCCCUGCUGGUCGCCUCCUGGCCGGGGGAGGAGGCGGAGGAGGAGGAGGCGCCGCCUUCGCCGCGCCGCGCGCCUUCGCCGUUGUCUGAGCUCCGCUCUGGACCAGUUUGGGGAAGUUGCCGGGGCCCGGCGUCGCCCAGAUGUGCGACCUCAUUGAGCCGCAGCCGGCCGAGAAGAUCGGCAAGAUGAAGAAGUUGCGGAGAACUUUGUCGGAGAGGUUCAGGCGCAUUGCGUUGAAGAAAGAUGACACCACCUUUGAUGAGAUAUGUGUCACAAAGAUGUCUACACGGAACUGCCAGGGAAUGGACUCAGUGAUCAAGCCCCUGGACACAAUUCCUGAGGAUAAAAAAGUCAGAGUUCAGAGGACACAGAGCACUUUCGACCCAUUUGAGAAGCCAACUAAUCAAGUGAAGAGGGUGCAUUCUGAGAACAAUGCUUGCAUUAACUUUAAGACCUCCUCUGCAGGCAAAGAGUCGCCUAAAGUUAGGCGGCACUCCAGCCCCAGCUCGCCGACAAGCCCCAAAUUUGGAAAAGCUGACUCAUAUGAAAAACUGGAAAAACUAGGGGAAGGAUCUUAUGCUACAGUAUACAAAGGGAAAAGCAAAGUAAAUGGGAAGUUGGUGGCCCUGAAAGUGAUCAGGCUGCAGGAAGAAGAAGGUACACCUUUCACAGCUAUCAGGGAAGCUUCUCUGUUAAAAGGACUAAAACAUGCUAACAUAGUGCUGCUUCAUGACAUCAUCCAUACCAAGGAGACCCUGACGCUUGUAUUUGAAUACGUGCACACUGAUUUAUGUCAAUACAUGGACAAGCAUCCUGGGGGACUCCAUCCAGAAAAUGUGAAGUUGUUUUUAUUUCAGUUGCUGCGAGGGCUGUCUUACAUCCACCAGCGUUAUAUUUUGCACAGAGACCUGAAACCACAGAACCUUCUGAUCAGUGACACGGGGGAGUUAAAGCUGGCAGAUUUCGGUCUUGCAAGAGCAAAAUCUGUCCCUAGUCAUACAUACUCCAAUGAAGUAGUUACUUUGUGGUACAGACCUCCAGAUGUACUCCUGGGAUCAACAGAAUAUUCCACCUGCCUUGACAUGUGGGGAGUCGGCUGCAUCUUUGUUGAAAUGAUCCAAGGAGUUGCUGCUUUUCCAGGAAUGAAAGACAUUCAAGAUCAACUUGAACGAAUAUUUCUGGUUCUUGGAACGCCAAAUGAGGACACAUGGCCUGGAGUUCAUUCUUUACCACAUUUUAAGCCAGAACGCUUUUCUCUGUACAGCUCUAAAAACCUUAGACAAGCAUGGAAUAAGCUCAGCUAUGUGAAUCAUGCAGAGGAUCUGGCCUCCAAGCUCCUACAAUGUUCCCCAAAGAACAGACUAUCGGCACAGGCUGCCUUGAGCCAUGAGUAUUUUAGUGACCUGCCCCCACGGCUAUGGGAACUGACCGAUAUGUCUUCUAUUUUUACCGUCCCAAAUGUGAGAUUGCAACCAGAAGCUGGAGAGAGCAUGCGGGCCUUUGGCAAAAACAAUAGUUAUGGCAAAAGUCUAUCAAACAGCAAGCACUGACAAGCACAGCAUUCUCAGGAGAGCACAGGAUUAAGUUGUCAUCAUUCUAAGAAAGAAAAAAAAAAGACAUUAAUGAAGUGGCCAAUAAUACGAAGGGAAUCACGGAUCAGUUUCCUUUCACUCCCUGUGGUGGAUUUCACUUACAAGAAAAUUGAAGCUGGCAAGACCCUGUUUUCUCUGCAAUUUAUUUAAAACCUUGCACGCAUUUGGAUACCUUGUGAUUUCCAAGAACUAUGUGAAGAUUAAGCUUUGCUUACUGAUACAUGGCAUGUAUUCUUUUCAGUCUUUUGUGUUUGAUUUUGUUUGAUUUCCCUCUGCAGCGCAGCGUCUCUGUAAAGGUUUUUAUGCUUUCACCAGCCAUGUCUUAAAUACAUUAAGACAACACAUUCGGUGUUCACACUUCCUCAGUAACGUCUGUACUUGAAAGCCACAUAGUGGCAUAAAACAAUGUGUGUUUUCUUUGAGAGCAGUGCACAUUUUGCAACCACUAGGAGAGAAAUUUUUCGAUAAAGCAAACCCCUGUUCUGACUGACUCAACAACUUGGUCCCUGACUGUGGGGCCCCACCUGUCGCUUAUCUUUUGAGGACAUUUGCACAUGUGGGUUUUUUUUUCCUUGGAAAUCGCUGUGCAUUUAUAUAGGAUAUUGGAAUCUGCUUAGCAUUUUCAAGUCACAUAGCAUGACAGUUUUCUGAAUUGGUUGGAAGUGAAGAAACAAAAAAUCAAGCAUUAAGAACAAAGACAGGGAUCAAUUGCUUACUUUGCAACCUCUGGAGAUUGAGGUAACUUUUUACAUGUGUCUGGGUCUUGUCAACAUCUUAUUUUUUUCCAUCCACUAUUAUACUUUGUGUUUUGAAACUGGAUAAAAAAAAGCGAGGAGCAGCGUGUUCAAAACUUGGGUGCAAAAUAAUUGUAUUUGCUGGAAGAGCCCCUUGGUUAAUGCUUAAAAAGCAAAUUACAGAUUUUCCAGUGUCAAGAGUUUGCUAUGUUACAACAAGCACCUUGGAAUGACGUGUUUUUAUGUUUUGCUUUUGUUUUUGUUUUUGUUUUCAAAAAAAAAGAAUAAAUAAACAUUCCAAACUGAUUGGAAGACAUCAUUGGGCUCCUUACUUGAAACAGCCUCCUGGAAUAAAUGUUCAAUGCAGGUUUUAGAAGUGACAUAGAACUCUUGCUUAAAAAUGGAAAGGGGGGAAAGAAAGGCCCAGCUUUCCUUGUUGAAGAAGCUGAUGGACCUUGGUGGAUAAAGGCGAAUAGGGGACACAGGGCAAAGUAGACUGAGCAUGUGUUGUGCUUUGUGCAGAAUCCCAGUGACCCUGAGGCCGGGGGCAGUUAGGAAAUGCCAUCUACAGCAUGAAGCCUGGCUCCUCUGGACUUAAGUCCCUAUGGCAAUACCUUCGUAUCCAUUGUUCUACAUUUCCCUGUUCAUCAGAAGGGAGGAGAGACUGAGAGCUGGAAGUGUGCCACACGUUUUUAGGAUCAAGACUAGGAAUUAUGAGCCAGUUUGUUGACAAGGCCUUUUUAAUGAUCAAACCCACUAUACCUAAGAAAUUAGACCCAGAACUCCUCAACUUUAAAAUGACACUGUCUCUGGAGUGCGUUGUGAGUGGAUGUGUCCAGGUCAUAAUCCAUCCUACCUAGAGGUACCAUUUAUUGUAAAUGUCUAAGUGCUAAGCAAGGAAUUCUUUACUAGUUGAUUGUUUUUCAACAGAAUGAUAAGCACCAAGGCUAGAAUGUUUACUAUCUGCUACCUAGAAACCUUUUUCAUACAUUCCAACCCACUGGAAAACUUUAGAGAUACUUUGAUUUAACGUAUACUUAAAUUAGAAUUUCAUAAACUAGGGGGAGAAAACUUGACAUGCAAUUAAAAUGGCUUUGCCUGCGACGUGCUUUGACUCAUUCGUUGGGAGGAGAGGCAUAACUUUUGUAUUUCACUAAGCCUAAAUGAAGAGCAAUCUGAUGAUUAAAUCUUGCUAUUUCAUAAGGUUUCUAAUGUAACAUUUUGAAACUAUGCUAAUAUUGAAAGAUUUCAGUUAGGAAUAUUAGGGUCAUUUGAGAUAUAUGCCCCUGCCAGGCAGCUUUUCUUGGGUAGAGAAACAAUACUACACAGUGGGAGGGAAUCUAUUUUAGCACAGAGACAUACCUCUCAGAGGUUAGAUGGCUUUGAGUUCCCCAUCCUUGCCAUCCUCAAUACAGAAAUCCAAAGUUCUGCUCACUCGCUCUCUCUCCCUGCUCCCUCCCUCCUUCCCUCCCCCUUUCCUCCUUUCCUUUUCCUUCCAGUUCCCUGUCCUGUUUGCAAUCACAUUCUCCUUCCUUUUUCUCCUGCCCUCCCUAAGGGCAGCCAUGGAAAUCAAUGCAGACUGUUCUUUAGCAAAUUUUUUUAUUCUAUCAAGAAAGCACUGGAAUGUUUUGUGAGAUUAUUUUUAUAUGAAGGAGUAGCUUGGAUUAAAGCAGCUGGUAGGAAGAGCACGAAUACCCUAGCACAGUGACUGUAUCAAAAUGACAUCACUGCACACAUAUUAUUCUGAAAGGAGCUUUGGGGCUUGAUUUCCAUUUUCUUAAGGGAAUAGUUUGAUCAACUUAGAAACACAAGAUACAAAGGAUAUGAAAAAUAUGUUUGCAGUGCUCAGAAAAAAAAAAAAAAAAAAGAGGCAAAUGACAGGAGUGGCUGUCCAUCCACUAAUGCAAGGGUGAGAAGCUAUUUCUACCUCCCAAGGGUGAUUAGAAGUUUCCAAGGAAGCCUCCAGGCUUGCAAAGAAAGCAAGACCUCUUGGUAACCUUUCCUAAGUGUGUAUAUGACAGUGUAAUCCAUACCCUAGGUUUUGCAUCUACAUAAGAUACUCAUCUGUGAAUAUUAUUGGUUUUGUAAUCUUUGUUAUAUAAGAGAAUGUUUAGGCUGUACAUACUGGGGUAGAAUUUUGCCUGCCCCCUAUACAUAGGAAUGUGCUACAUUAAUUGCGCAUAACUUCCAUCUCCUUUAUGGCUUAUAGGCAGAGGAAACUGUAUAUGUUAUU